UUCAGAGCACACCUUUAAAGUGUCUUCCGCCCGAAGAUAGAUGCGUUUGACUUAGCUUAGCUUGCUAGCCGCUAACAAAGAGACGCGGAAGUAGGCCACACAUCCCGCGUAAUCGUCGUGAUUGUGCCAAAAUGCGUACAGUCCAAAUGCUGAGAGCCUUUGUGAAUCAGCGACUAAAUGCGGCGGUUGAAGAAAUAUUUGUGGUGUUCGAAAGAACGAUAGCGGACUACGAGGAAGAGAACCAGCGACAACGUCGACUACUGGACGCUGUCUUCAAGAGGCAUCGACUUGUGUUACACAAAACAGACAUCUCUGGAGAACAUUCUCUCCCUGAGCAGCAGGAGUGGACAUUCACAGAGGGGCCACAACAACCCUACAUUGAAGAGGAGGAGCCAUACCUCUCACAUAUUCAAGAGAAGGACCCACUGUCCCCUCCGUUUAAAGAGAACAAGGCACCGCAGUCCCCCCGAAUUAAAAGAGAAGAGGAACAGCCCCCCCAAUAUAUAGAGGAAGGGACGCAACAGCAUUCUCACUUUAAAACAGAAGAGGAGCCACAGUCAACCCAAAUUAAUGCAAAUGAGUCACAGUUCCCUCACAUUGUGGAAGUUGAAGUGCCAGAGUCCCCCCUAAUUAAAGAGGACGAUGAGGAGCCACAUCCGCCUCAAUUUGUAGAGGAAGAGCAACAGCCCCCAUACUUCAAAACAGAAGAAGAGGAGCCACAGUCAACCCAAAUUAACGCAGAUGAGUUACAGUUCCCUCACAUUGUGGAAGUUGAAGUGCCAGAGUCCCCCCUAAUUAAAGAGGACGAUGAGGAUCCACAGCCCCCUCAAUUUGUAGAGGUAGAGCAAGAGCCCCUUCAAAUUAAAGUUGAGUCACAAUCCCCUCACAUUGAGGAAGAUUGGGCACAGUCCUCUGCGUUAAAAGGGAAGAGGUGUCACAGCCCCCACACAUUAAAAAAGACAAUGAGCCACUGCACUAGUAUGGUAAAGAGGAAGAGGAGGAGCCAUGAAAGUGAAAGUGAGGAGAAGAGAGAGGCGGAGCCUCCAAGCAGCAGCUCAACACAUCACAUAACAGAAGCUGAUGGAGACCACUGUGGGGGAUCUCAAACAGACAAGAUCUUAGCUCCACUAUCAGAUAGUGAUGACACAACGUCUCACUCUCCUGACACUGAUGAUGAAGAAGACUCUGACGAUAAGACAUGUCAUGCUGAAAACACACACUUUACAUGUGCUCACUGUGACAAAACUUUUAGUUACCGUAGUUAUCGGAAAAUACACAUGAGAACACACACUGGAGAAAAACCCUUUUCCUGUACAGUCUGUGGUAAAGGUUUUGCACAAAAUUGUCAUCUGAAAAGACACACAAGAAUGCACACUGGAGAAAACCCCAUUUCCUGCUCAGUCUGUGGUAAAGGUUUUGCAGGGAAAAGCGAUCUGAAAAUACACACAAGAAUGCACACGGGGGAAAAACCCUUUCCCUGUUUAAUUUGUGGCAAAGGUUUUGCACAAAAUAGUCAUCUGAAAAUGCAUACAAGAAUGCACACUGGGGAAAAAUCAUUUAUCUGUUCAUUUUGUGGCAAAAGUUUUACACAAAAUAGUGAUCUAAAAAGACACACAAGAAUGCACACUGGAGAAAAACCCUUUCCCUGUUCAGUGUGUGGUAAAGGUUUUGCACGAAAUGGUAAUCUGAAAAAACACGCAAGAUUGCACACGGAGAAAAUCCCUUUUCCUGUCCCGUCUGUGAUAAAUGUUUUACACAACAAAGUCAUCUGAAAAUGCACACCGGAGGAAAAAAAAAACAUUUUCCUGUCCAGUCUGUAGUAAAGGUUUUAUACAAAGACUCUUAAAGUACACUGGAGACAAACCAUUCACAGAGAAGGCAUUAUUGAUAAUGCAGAACAGAAAGCAGACUGGUAAACAUCCUUUUAUCAGCUCAGACGGUUUUAAAGAGUUCAUAGACCGUCGAACUUUGAAAAGACACACACUCAAGAGAAACCAUUUAGUUGCAGUGUGUGCGUGUGUGAUGAAAGAUUCCCUAAUAAUUGUACUUUGAGAUACAUAAGUGUGCGGGUGAGAAGAGCAGCAGCAAAUGAAGACGCAGGAUGUUUUGUUAUUGUUCUGUGUGUUACAAGCCUGACAAAUUAUUCUAACUUUUAUGUUCCAACACAUUUAUCCUUGCAUGCCAAGAGCAUUUUUGAACUGUUAACGAUCUAUAGCGUUAAUUUUUGUUUGGUAAAUGACAGACAUUGAGAGAUUAUCUUCCCACUUCAACAUCUCUAACAUGUAAAUGCGGUCUCUUUCCUAGAUCAGAAUUGUAAAUGUAAAUAUGUUCUUAAUUGUUUUACCCUUGAUGAAUAAAUGUUAAAUAAAUACAUGUAAACUAGGAAGUAAAUGUUUAUAUACUACAUUACCCAGAAUGGUUAGUGCUGUAUACAGGAACAGGAAGUAGGUUUGAGCAGUGACGUGCGGUUAGGUAUAUAGCUGGUGAGGCACUGACGUAAUCAGAAUCAGAUUUACAAAUAUACUUUAAGCGCGCCGCACAGAUUAUUUGCCAUUUGAUUGGCAGCAGUUUAAGGGUUAUGCUUCAUUUCUGCAUUCUUUACACGUACAAACUGUCGCCCACAAAAUGUUAAUUUCAUUAAAAACUAAACAAAAAUUAUGUAAAUGCUGUCUUACCUUAUAAAUGAGGUCUAUGCGCCGGUCCUUCUGGAUAAAAAUAACCGUCACUUUCUGGUAAAAGCCCUCCUUCACUUCCUUCAGUUUUAAAAGUCUUAAGAGUUCAACAUAGUUGCCUCGAUUAGCAGAGCUCCCACUCUCAUCAUUUCCACGAAAUGCGAGCUGCUGUUUGGCGAGGAAGCAUGUCGCAUUGACAUCUUUUAACACCCCUCGGUUCUCUUUUACCUUAGCAUUGUGGACACUGAUGUUGACUCGCCGCUGUUCAUCCAAAACAAAGUCUAUCCUCGUCAUCCCAAGCUUUGAAUGUGUUUGGUGAGGGUUUUUUGCAAAUUCUUUAGGUCACAAAAUCCCAUUUGAGUCCACACAGUUCCACAGGUUGAAAAAAGAAGGCAAGGAACCCAGUGGGCACAGAGACGUUUAAUCAAAGUUGAAACAACGUUACUUUCCCGUUUUGAAAUAACGUUGGAUUUGGGUUGAAAAUGAAAGUUGGAUCGUUUAAAUACCGACGUUGAAUCAACAUCAAAGUUUCAACGUUGAUUCAACUUUCAGUUUCCACCUAACAGAGACGUUUAAUCAACGUUGAAACAACGUUACUUUCCCAUGUUGAAAUAACGUUGGAUUUGGGUUGAAAAUGAAAGUUGGAUCAACGUUUAAAUACCGACGUUGAAUCAACAUCAAUGUUUCAACGUUGAUUCAAUUUUCAGUUUCCACCUAACAGAGACGUUUAAUCAACGUUGAAACAACGUUACUUUCCCAUGUUGAAAUAACGUUGGAUUUGGGUUGAAAAUGAAAGUUGGAUCAACGUUUAAAUACCGACGUAGAAUCAACGUCAAUGUUUCAACGUUGAUUCAACUUUCAGUUUCCACCUAAUAGAGACGUUUAAUCAACGUUGAAACAACGUUACUUUCCCAUGUUGAAAUAACGUUGGAUUUGGGUUGAAAAUGAAAGUUGGAUCAACGUUUAAAUACCGACGUAGAAUCAACGUCAAUGUUUCAACGUUGAUUCAACUUUCAGUUUCAACCUAAGAUCAACCCAAUAUCAACGAACCAAUUAUCAACGUAAUAUCAACCAAUUUAUCAAUACAAUUAAAGACAACAAAACAGAGUGCAUAUACAGCUCCAGGCUGAAUCCUGUUAAUGCAAAUUUAAAAUUAAGUACAAAGAAAAUCGAUAAUGUCAAUCAAUAUUAUUAUUUAUUUAGCCUGUGAUGCACAUCCUAUUCCUCCCUUUCGUCCAGGAGCAUAUUUGAGUUUAUUUUUUAUGGCAUCAUGGACCAUCCUUUCGGUUCCCUUCUGAGUAUCCAAGACACUAGCUGUAAACAGGCAAAAAGAAUACAAAUUAAUUAAGGGUGCAUGUGAUUUACCCAAAUAUUAUGAUCUUGUGCAAUAUUCAGAGUAUACUUGUUUACAAGUAACUGCAAUACGGAGUGAUCCCUAUCUCUAUCAAGUUUAUGUAAUUAUUAAACACACACACAAACUCACCUGUGACUACAUCGAGCAGCUUCAUCUUGGCAAAGCCAGUUUUUCCCCCCCUCCCCUUCAUGCUCAGAUUGGACAUUAAUUCAUUUGUCAUGAGCCUGAAAUUGAACACGCAAGUCAUACAUGCAGGCCAAAAAGUACGGAAUUUUGCAUUAUUAUAAUUCCCCAUCUAGCACUAUUAGAUUAGAAAUUGGGUCUUACAUCACCUAUUUUUAAAAUAUAUGAAGAGAAAGAUGGAAGUACCUGUCCAUGAUGGUGCUUAAACAGCUCUUUAUGUCAUAUCCACCAAUCUUUGACAGCCUGGCUGUCUGCAAAUAUAGAUGGGAUUGUGCUGAAAAUUUUUAAUUUUCCGUACGGAAUAAAUAAAGUACUAUCUAAUCUAUCUAAAGUUUAGCAUACACUGGGGGAAGGGGCUGGCAAACACAUACAUACAUUCAAGUAUAGGGCCUGUUUUAUCUAUACAUGUUUUAUGUCCACGAUUUCAUAACCUGAAAUUUCUACCUAAAUACAGUAAUAUUUCCGGUGUAAAAACAGCUACACAAUUAUGUUAUAAUUACUUACCAGCAAAUCUUUCUUCCCUGGUUGAGUUUUUAUCAACUCGUCAAGGUCGAGUAGUUCCUCCACUGUCUCCAAUUUCUGCACAUGGAAGGAAGAGUCCUCCGGCUCGUACCUUUGGCCCAGCUGCUUAAUGUUGUUGCGGAUGUUGGUCAGCAGGUAAAGGACUUUACGCUGAAAUUCUGGAAGUGACCACAGUCAGUUAGUUUCAGUUAAAGUUGUACAUACAAAAUCUGUCUGGAUAUUUUAUUGUCAUAUAUUUUAGUAUACAUGUUGGCCAACAGGUCAACAGGGAAAACAUUUGGAAGUUUCAAUACUUGACAAAAGCUCUUGUAAUCGCAGUACUGGCGUUAUCAGUAAAAUAAAAAAAUAAGUAAAGAUAAUAACAUUUAAUAUUACAUGGAUCCUUUAAUGGGCGACCCGUGGACUUGCCUUUUGAGACAACAAAAGCCUUGCAGUCAAACUAAUUAAAAAGUACCUGUACUUAAAAUAGACUGGCAACAUUUUAAAUUAACAUUAAACUGAGCUAGAAAAACCUAACUGCCAUCCAGACGGGUGUUUUGAAGAUCCAAAUCAAAAGGAAGUAAAUUAACGCAGUGACUGGCGCGGCUGUAAAAGACAAUGGGUACAGCACCCAAAAAAAAUGUUUGUUUUGUGUUAGCCUGGAAAAACAAUUGUUUGCUUUUGGGCAGGUGGGGAAAAAAUUAAGUUUUCUGCUUGGGGAGAAAAAAAAAGUUUGCUCAGAAAGAAAAACCAUAUACCCUCCCUCCACGUUUCAUCUCGUCAACCUCUUAUACAGUCAAAAACACCGUUGAGAAUAGGCGUGAGAUAAAUUUUUGUUUUCCUGCAUCCCUCAUGUGAAAGGGUCAAAAUUAUACCGAUAUAAAUAACCAUUAUUAUCCCAAAGUACAAACCUGAAUCUUUAUGGACGUCUGGUUUUCUUUGCAGUGGAAUAGUUCGAUUUCAAAUUCAAAUCUUUGCUCUUCGUUCUGGUUGCUGGAUUCAAAGGAAGUAUUUCAGCACGCAUGCGCACAAGCUUGGCUGUGAUGCGCUAGGUGGUGUGUGUGGUGAAAACCGUCGCAAAUGGCCGAUGCGCGGGCAGAAUGUUUGGCAAGUUGAAUUUUACACGUUGAAACGACGAUGUCCCCCAAUCAUGAAAACAAACCAGAUUUGCCACAUAUGGAGGGGUCAGUUGGUUGUGAUUUGGUCGGGAUACGGUUGAGUGACGUCGCGACGUAAUUUCAACGUCACCUCGACGUUGAACUAAGGACGGGUGCCCACUGGGAAAGCAGAAAAGGCGGUUUUAUUGCCGAACAACCACAAAGCCAGACUUUAAGUAUACCACUCUAUUUGGAAAGCGCGAAUAACUUUCCGUCCUGCUGAUUGAAACAAACCAUUCAGCUCCGGCGCUGGUUUUCCUUUAGUAAUUAUCUCCUGCUUCGCUUAAAACUCCACUCUAGAAAACGGUUUAAGUGCGGAAAUGUAGUCAUCCAUGUUGAAAGUCGGUGUGCACGAGGCGGAAAAAAUAAAUCGCUGCGGCAGUUACCCGCUGAGGAUCAUGAGCGCCCCGCCCCUAUCGUGAGGCACGAGAACUGUCUGCCUCACCUUAGACUUUUUUCUCUGCCAUUUUGAUGGGUCAACCAACACACAAAACAUGUUAUUCGCUGCGGCAUUUUAUUCCCUUACGCCACUGUAUGUCUCUGAUCAUGAGUGCCCCUUUAGUGAGACACGAGAACUGUUUGCCUCACUUUUUUCUCUGCCGUUUUAAACGCUCAGCAACACAUCAGACAAGAACGCGCCCUGGCCGCACGGUAGACAGAGAAGUUUACGAGGGAUUGUGAAAAUUCAGCGAUUUUGAAGAAAAAAUAAUCCAAAUUGGUGAAGCUAAAUGAAAAUUAAAAACUAACAAUUACAAUUAUUUUAUCAUUAUAUAUUUUAUUUCUUUGCAUGAUCACAGGUGAGGCACUGCCUCCCCUGACCGCACGUCACUGGGUUUGAGUUAUGUUGGAGGACAAUUGUGCCGUUUGAUCAAUAAAGAGUUGAUAUAUUGUUACAUGUUGUUGAUCAAUAAAGAGUUGAUAUAUUGUUACAUGUUGAUCAAUAAAGAGUUGAUAUAUUGUUACAUGUUGAUCAAUAAAGAGUUGAUAUAUUGUUA